CCGGGCACUGGGGACGCCGGGGAGAGGGAAGCGGGGUGCCCUCGGCGUGCCGCAGUGCAGGGCCGCGCCCCGGCUUGGCGGCGCGGAGGUGACAGGGCGGCGAGGGUGGGGGCGCCUCUUAACCCGUAAUAUAAGUCUCACCUUAUCUGGCUCCCGCGCGCUCUUCCCUAAAUUCAGCUCGCAGAAAAGAUGGAUCAUGUGAGCGGGACUGAGAGGUUUAUGGAGCUGAGCUCCCGCGGCUGUAAAUCGUCCUGCGCGCCCCGGUAUAAAGCGCCCGUCCAACCCCGCGGGGAAGAGAGGACUCGCUCGCCGCCCGCUGACCCCCUGCUCCUCGCGGGCUCCCGGCCUAGCCAGUGACCCCGGCAACCUCCUCCAGUCGCCCCUGCCAUGUCCGAGGAGCUGGCCGCGGCCCCCAAGGAGAGGCCGCCAGCGCCGCGGGCCGCCCCCCGCGAGGUGUGGAAGAAGGGGGGCCGUCUGCUGUCCGUGCUGCUGGCCGUCAACGUGCUGCUCCUGGCCUGCACGCUCAUCAGCGGCGGCGCCUUCAACAAGGUGGCGGUGUACGACACCGACGUGUUCGCGCUGCUCACCACCAUGAUGCUGCUGGCCGCGCUCUGGAUCCUCUUCUACCUCCUGGGCACCGCGCGCAGCCCCGGCGCCGUGCCCUACCGCGACGCGCACGCCGGCCCCAUCUGGCUGCGAGGUGGGCUGGUGCUUUUUGGAAUCUGCACUUUAGUCAUGGAUGUCUUCAAGACGGGUUACUACUCCAGUUUCUUUGAAUGUCAGUCGGCCAUCAAGAUCUUGCACCCACUCACCCAGGCGGUGUUUGUCAUUGUCCAGACUUACUUUCUCUGGGUCUCCGCUAAAGACUGUGUUCACGUCCACCUGGAUCUGACCCGGUGUGGCCUCAUGUUCACGCUCACCACCAACCUGGCCAUCUGGAUGGCUGCCGUGGUGGAUGAGUCGAUGCACCAGGCCCACAGCUACAUCACGUCCCAUGGCAACGCCAGCUACUCCCGCCUCGCGCCCAACCCGAAGCGAGCAGGCGAUGCGGCAGGAGACCAGUGUGAGUGCAAGACAGCCAUCUGCCAGAUCUUCCAGCAGGGCUACUUCUACCUGUACCCCUUCAACAUCGAGUACAGCCUCUUCGCCUCCACCAUGCUCUACGUCAUGUGGAAGAACGUGGGCCGGUUUCUGGCAGGCCCUGCCCACAGUCACACCCACGCCCACGCCCACGCCCGGCCCAGCGUCUUCCGGGAGACGUUCUUCGCAGGUCCCGUGCUGGGGCUGCUGCUCUUCGUGGUGGGCCUGGCCGUGUUCAUCAUCUACGAGGUCCAAGUGAGCGGGGAGGGGGCGCGCACGCAGCAGGCCUUGGUCGCCUACUACAGCUUCAACAUCGUGUGCCUGGGACUCAUGACCUUGGUCAGCCUCAGUGGCUCGGUCAUCUACCGGUUUGAUCGCCGCGCCAUGGACCACCACAAGAACCCAACGCGCACCCUGGACGUGGCCCUGCUGAUGGGCGCCGCGCUGGGCCAGUACGCCAUCUCCUACUACUCCAUCGUGGCCGUGGUGGUGGGCACCCCCAGGGAUCUGCUGGCGGCGCUCAACCUGGCCCACGCGCUGGUCAUGAUCGCCCAGCACACCUCCCAGAACGUGUUCAUCAUCGAAAGCCUCCACCGGGGGCCCCCCACGGAGGAGCCCCCGCAUCCCACCACCAAGGAGCCCUGCCAGGGCCUGACUUUUGCCAACCUGGAUGCCCUCCACACCUUGCCCGCCUGCUCGUCCACCCCGGGGCUGGUGGACCCCGGUGGGGUGCAGCAUCCAGGGGAGGCAGUGGACGUCAUCUUGCCACCCAAGACGCACUGGAGACGCCGGUGCCUGAAGGACAUCUCUCUCUUUCUUCUGCUCUGCAACGUCAUUCUGUGGGUCAUGCCCGCCUUCGGGGCCCGCCCACACUUCAGCAACACGGUGGAGGUGGACUUCUAUGGCUACUCGCUGUGGGCUGCCAUCGUCAACGUCUGCCUGCCCUUCGGCAUCUUCUACCGCAUGCACGCCGUGUCCAGCCUGCUGGAGGUCUACGUGCUCUCCUGACCACGAGCGUCCCCGCUGGGCCCUGAGUGGAGUUUUCACAAGAGCUAUUUUUCCAGGACGAGUUUUUAAAGCACAAUCCCGCACCCCCCCCCCACCUCACGCCUAC